UCAAAAUAGAAUAAUAUGUUUCUAACAGGCAUAUUUUCUUUCUCUUCUUCUCCAGAACACCAUUGGCAAAGUGACUCAUAAUGUCCACUGGUGAUGUCGACCACCUGAAGGCUAAUACACAAAGGUUGCAUGAGAAGAAAUAGACGCAAGUAUCGACACUGAGACUACUACAACUGUUACAGCAACCUGACAACAAACAUGGGAAUUUGUAAGGUCAUCCUCGUCUCUCUCCUGCUGCUGCAUUUUGCCGUGUGGAAUUUUGCCAACUCCAGUUGCCCGUCCCCCUGUACAUGCUCCACCAUCAACGAGGUGGAUUGCGGCAACAAAAACCUACAAGAGAUCCCUGAACCCCUGCCUACGGAGAGCGAGAGACUGUAUCUACAGAGGAACAAACUCACAGAGCUGGCGAACGACCAAUUCGUGACGGUCGCUAGGUUAGAAGCGCUGGAUCUUUCGUAUAACGCCAUCAGCGAUAUCAAACCUGGGGCCUUCAAUGGUCUCACCAACCUCAAGUUUUUGCUGCUUCCUGGGAACCAGUUGGACGCCGCGCCCAGGAAGGCACUGAAAGGGUUGAGCAACUUGCAGAGACUUUAUCUCUAUGACAACAAGAUUCAGAUGGUUCUGGACGCCAGUUUUAGAAACAAUGACAAGCUCGAACAGCUUCUUCUUUCGAACAAUGAGAUCGACUACAUCUCCCCCGACGCUUUCGAUGGGAUGAACAGUUUACAGAUAUUGCAUCUCUAUUACAACAAGCUUGAGAACGUUCCUUGGAGGUCUUUAAGGGGUUUAACGAGUCUGGUUGAACUAAAUCUACACAGCAACGUGAUUCUGGCCGUCCCUGCCAACAGUUUCUCGGAUUUGCGCGAGUUGCAGAAUCUGUAUCUAAACAGCAAUAAGAUCGUGUACAUCUCGCCCUUGGCCUUCGCGGGUCUGGAGAAUUUGAAGAUUCUCGGUUUGGAUUCGAACCAGUUGGAGAGCGUGCCAUGUCAGGCGAUUCAAAGGCUGCAACAGCUGGAUCUCUCGCGGAAUCCCAUCCACGUGAUUGAGACUAACACGUUCUUAAAUCUAACCAAGCUGAAGCACCUGAUUCUGAACCACAUGAAGCUGGAGACUGUACAGGAAGGUGCUUUUAGCGGUCUGGGGCUGUUGGAAAUACUGGAGAUGCGGGAUAACAGGUUACAGACGCUACCAGUGAACCUUUUCUCGGCGCUGACGUCGCUACAGAUUAUCGAGCUGUGGGAGAACCGUUGGAGGUGCGAUUGCAACCUCCGCUGGCUCAAAGAGUGGUCGGAGUCGGAGUACCACUUCUUUUACAACAACAUGGCUUUCCGAGUCAAGUGCAACACACCCGAAGAGCUGAGUGACAAGUAUUUCGCGGAACUCGCUCCCGACGAUUUUAUCUGCGUUCGACCGUGGAUGUACACGCAGAGUUUUAACAUCACCGUGGACGAGUGGACGAACGCGGUGUUGCCGUGUAACGCAAGCGGGUUCCCCCCACCGACGGGAACGUGGAUUACGUCCAACAACGUGCGCUACCGGCAGGACGUGGUGAACCCAGGAGAUCGGGUCUUUGUCGGUAAGGACAACGGUUUAAACAUCACGGUCGCCAGGAAGUUCGACAGCGGUUCCUACACGUGCAACGCGUCUAACCCAGUCGGGAGCGUGAACGUUACCAUUAACCUGAAGGUAAACGAGAGAGAGCGAGAGGUCACAACGCCGCAAAUAAGCACCACGGAUACCACAACGCGAAGGGAGGAGACCACAACUGACUGCGACAGCACCACGCGAGGCAAACCUAUGCAACCCUUGGGAGAGCGGGUAAGGACUACGACUCCCGCCCCUCCCACCCCUACUAUGAUCCGCCCGGAUAGUCUGAAGGAUCCACACGAGGAUUUAAAAACAACGCUGGCUCUUAUAGGCAGCAACGUGGCUACGAUGCUAGGCACUUUCAUGAUUUUUUGUUUGCUACUGCUGUGUGUUAGGGGGUGGAAGAGGCGGAGAAAAAUCCGCAAGCUCACCAAGGAUUUAACCUACGAGAACGACCACGCGUACAACUUGGACAAGCUGAUUCCCAUGAACGAUAUCUGCACGCAGACGAAUAAACUCAGCGUCAUCAUUCCCCCAGAGAGGGAGUUGGACCAUAUACCGAACCACAUACCGAAAUGCGUUACGUUCGCGCCGCCCGAUCACUGCAGAGAGGACGGGGGUUGCACGAUAUCCAACCCGUCCACUGAGAACGGUGAGGGAGAGGGGGAGUCGAGUACGUGGCUCUGAUGAGGGGGUGGGGGUUUGCAAAGGGGUAAGGGCCGCAAGGGGGAAUCAAAGAGGAUUGUUCUUAAUGAUGGGUGCUCGCUACAUGAUGAAGUAUCCACUUGUUGCAAACACCUCUUUGUAUCAAAGACUGUAUCAAUGUCGGCGCGAUACUCUAUUGAGGAACUGUACUUCGACUUCGUGUGAGUUCGCUCAGUUUUGGCCACGUAUUUU